AUGCGUCAAUUGGCAGUGUUAGUCGGCAAAGCCCUCCAAUUUAAAGAGCCUGUUUUAUUGGUAGGUGAAACAGGUGGCGGGAAGACCACAGUUUGCCAGUUGAUAGCUGAUUAUAAUGGACAAGAGUUGGUAACUGUCAACUGUCACAUGCAUACAGAAAGUGGCGAUUUCAUUGGAGGUUUGAGACCUGUUCGGGACCAUUCGGCUGAAGAUGCUACCAAAUUAUUUGAAUGGUCAGACGGUCCUUUGGUCAAAGCAAUGCUUCAAGGAAACCUAUUUCUAGCAGAUGAAAUAUCAUUAGCGGAUGACAGUGUUCUAGAACGCCUGAACUCUUUGCUAGAGCCUGAAAGGACACUUUUGGUAGCAGAAAAAUCCGUUGAUCUGUACAACACUGAAUCGUCUGAAACGGUAGUUGCCCACGAGAAUUUCCAUUUUAUCGAACUGUCGCCUGCUCUUAGAAAUAGGUUCACAGAGAUCUGGUGUGAACCAUGCAGUAGAACAGAAGAUCUAAUAGCUGUAGCUGAGAAGAAUCUUAAGCAAGGCUUGGAUUUGGGGAACCAAGAAGAUGGUUCUACGGGAAUCGGGAAGAGGAUUGUAGAAUUUGUGGAGUGGUUUAGAAAAAAUGAAGUUGGAAAAAGAUUUACAGUUAGCAUUAGAGAUAUUUUGACCUGGGUAAAUUUCAUCAAUCAGUGCGCCAAUAAAAUAGAUGUCACUGAAGCUUACGUUCAUGGUGCUAGCCUGACAUUCUUGGAUAGUUUGGGCUCAGGCGUAACUAGUACUGAAAGCUCAAAGGACUUGGAAGCUUUUAGAUCCAGCUGUAUAAGUUUUCUUCUAGACCAAGUUCGACACCUUUCCCCAACCGUAACACACCAAAUGGACAAAUUAAAGGUCGAGAAGACAAUAGACUCAUUUGGAAUCAAACCAUUUUUCAUUAAGUCGUUAUCAUCAAAAAACGACGAUGUCGAUUUUGUGUUCAACGCAUCUACAACGGUUUAUAAUACAAUGAGGUUAUUGAGGGGGAUGCAGUUGAGUAAAGCUAUUUUGUUGGAAGGCAGUCCAGGAGUGGGAAAGACCAGUUUAGUGGCUGCGUUGGCAAAAUGUACCGGACAUGAGCUGUUUAGGGUGAAUCUUUCUGAUCAAACAGAUAUUUCUGAUCUGUUUGGUGCUGACCUGCCAGUGGAAGGAGGUAGUGGAGGUCAGUUCUCUUGGAGAGAUGGCCCUCUGCUUCAGGCUUUGAAGAACGGUAGCUGGAUUCUGCUCGAUGAAUUGAACCUGGCAUCUCAGUCAGUAUUGGAAGGCUUAAAUGCUUGCUUGGAUCAUAGAGGGGAAAUCUAUAUACCCGAGUUGGACAAAACGUUUCACAUAAAACCAGAAAGUACUAUGCUUCUGAUCUACGGCGACCGAAUGCGUUGUCAAACGGACAAAGACCGAGUCGCGGACAUUUUCGAAUCGUGUUUCGGAAGGCGACCGCGCGGUUUCGCGAUAGUACCGUACGUGACAAAUGACAGAGUGCAUUUAGGUGACGUCAGUGUCGCGCGCGGUAAAGGGGGCGUGAACGAACACGUGUUGCGACAGGACAAGAGUUGCUUGGUGUUGAGGGGUCAGCUGGGUGUGCUGAGGAGUUUGGCGUAUUGUACCGGCAGCUCCGGCAGCGGGAAAAGCACGGCGGUGAAAACUUUGGCUAAUCUCAGCGGGAAACCUCUCAGAACUUUGCCGGUUUCCUCUGCGAUGGAUACGGCAGACCUGCUAGGCGGAUUUGAACAGGUAUUUCGUCUAGUGGAGAUACGCGAAACGGAAAGCGAACCACUGGAUUUGGUCAUUUGA